UCUUGGCCUCACUAAUAAAUUAUAAUCGUUCAUUUCCUUGUCUCUCUUACCAUUCCCAUUCUCCCUCAAAUCAAUUUCAAAAAUCCAAUUCCAGUACAAUUUCUCAUUCAUUUGCCUUUGUUCUUUGUCUAAUCUAAUUGAUUACCCCUCUUCCUUUCAGAUCUACUCUACCAUCUAUAUACCCAAAUUAUGACGGCUUUCAUGACCAACAUAGGAGCCUCAUCUUUCAACAACCGAUGCAGCUAUGAUGUGUUUUUGAGUUUCAGAGGUGAAGAUACACGCAUGAAUUUCACUAGUAAUUUGAAUGGAUUUUUGAAUAUGAUGGGUAUCAACACUUUCAUAGAUGAUGACUUGCCGAGGGGAGAAGAAAUUUCUGCCAAGCUUCUUGAAGCCAUUGAAUGUUCAAGGAUUUCGAUAAUUAUAUUCUCUGAAAAUUAUGCAUCUUCCACUUGGUGCUUGAAUGAACUUGUCAAGAUUCUUGAGUGUAAGAAAAAUGGUCAAAUGGUACUUCCGGUUUUUUAUAUGGUAGAUCCUUCAGAAGUACGUAAUCAAAAAGGAAAGUAUAGAGAAGCUUUAGUGAUGCAUGAAGAAAAAUUCAAGAAUAAUAUGGAAAAGGUGCAAAGAUGGAGGGCAGCUUUAAGUGAGGCCGGUAGUUUAUCGGGUUUGCCCUUCAAGGAUGAGUAUGUAUUUUUCUUGACUACUCUUUGACUUUUAUGAUUUUUAAUUAUUUGUUAUCAUCACUAUAUUAUAGCAUUAACAGUUAUCUCUAAUUCUCAUC